UUUGUAAGGAUAUUUUUAUCCAGCGGAUGUCAGUGUGGCACAAACUUCAAUAUCUUCACUUUUUCUCCUCGGAUCAUAAAGUUCUUCCAUUUUACCUGUGAUUUUACCUGUGUUUUGUUUCUUAUUUCUCAACGGAGUUAUAAACGGUGUUUAUUUAUAAGAUGUCCAGCGACUGAAAACCACAAGCAUACACCUGUGAACAAACACCUGUAAACUCACUCACUCAGGUGUACUGAAGUGAAACUCACUCGCCACAGAUCCGUGAGAGAAACUACUGCGAGGAUCGCUUUACCUGGUAAAGAAAGACGAGAACCGUGUUUCAUGGGAAUAUAGGUCUCGUGAUCAGCAAUACUCGUAUUUCUGAAAGUAUUUUGAGUUAAAACAACUUCCUGUCGGAGUUUCGCGUCUGAUCUGAGAUCAUGGAUUGGGGAUCAGAUCUGUGGGACCAGCAUGACGUGAUCGAGCGACACACUCAGAGCGGACUGGAUCUGCUGGACCGAUACUUGAAGUUUGUCAAAGAGAGAGCCGAGGUUGAGCAGAAUUACGCCAAACAGCUCAGGAGUCUCUGUAAGAAAUAUUCCAGACGAGGCAUCAAAGAAGAUCAGGACACAAAGUUGAGCAGUCAGCAGGCGUUUCAGGCGUUGCUGAACGAGCUGAGCGAGUACGCGGCUCACAGAGAGCAGCUGUCCGAGAGCAUGACGGUGUCCAUCUGUGCGGAGCUCAGCAGAAACCUGCAGGAGCUGCGACUCGAGCGCAAGAACCAUUUCUGUGAAGUUAAGAAGGCUCAGCAGAACCUGGAGACCACCUUCAAACAGCUGGAGAUGAGUAAGAGGCGUUUUGAGAAGGAAUGGAGAGAGGCAGAGAAGGCUAUUCAGCAAACAGAGAGAGUGCAGCAGGACACCAACUCGACUAAAGCAGAAGUGGACAGGGCCAAACAGCAAUCACACAGUCGCGUCCACAUCGCGGACGAGAGUAAGAACGAAUACGCUUCACAACUCCAGAGAUACAACAAGGAGCAGAGCAACCUCUACCACUCAGAGAUUCCCUCCGCGUUUAAGAAGCUGCAGGAACUGGAGGAGCGGCGCAUCCGGCUGCUGGCCGACGGCUACGUGCAGCUCUCCGAGGCCGAGAAGAAGGUCCUGCCCAACAUCAACAAGUGUCUGGACACGAUCAGCAGCACCGGGAGGAACAUCGAUGAGAAACAAGAGACUCUGGUGCUCAUCGAGCAGCACAGAUCUGGCGCAGCGCCCCCUGCUGACGUGGAGUUUGAGGAUUACAGUCAGGCAAUCAAACCUGUCGGGACUGACAACACACCACACCUGCCGAAGGUGCGCAUCAAACAACUGUUCAAGAAAAAACAGGUGACGUCUCCAUCUGAUAAAAACAUGCCGUCUUCGCCGGAGGACUUCUCUCGUCUUCCUCCAGACCAGAGACGCAGGCGUUUGCAGGAGAAGAUGGAGGACGUACAGAAAGAGCUGCAGAAAGAGACAGAGCAGAGCGAGGCUCUGAUGAAGAUGAAGGGUGUUUAUGAGCAGAACUCGCAGCUCGGCGAUCCAUCCAGCCUUCAGCCUCAGAUCAUAGAAACUGCUGUCAACAUCGUCAGACUCAAAGGAGAGAUCAGCAAAUACCAGGGUCAGCUGACUGAAGCCGGUGGAGGGACAGCCUGUGCGGAGUAUCUGGCUGUGCUGAGUGAGUCCAGCACGUCUCCGUCAGAGAACAUCUAUGAAUGUGGUUUUGAGGACGAGUUCGAGGUGGACUUCCCCAUGGGCCAGUGUACAGCGCUCUAUGACUUUGAUGGCAGCAGCGAGGGAGCCGUGUGCAUGCGGGCGGGCGAGCAGCUGAGUCUGAUGGACGAGGAUCACGGUGACGGCUGGGUCAGAGUUCAGAGAGCCAGUGGAGAUGUGGGAUACGUGCCGGCCUCAUACAUACAGAUCAUCUGAUCAGUCAUGUGACACUCACUCCAUACACUCCUGUGUUAUGCUAGCUUUACUCUCAGUAUGUUAUAUGCUUCUGCUGGUGAAUUCUGUGCAUUUGUGUUUUUAAAGAUUAUGCUUAUUGUGUUUGUUGAAGUGUGUGUGUUUUACAUGAAUCCAGUCGUGUGUGUUCAGACGUUCGACUUUGCUUCUGUAUGUUAUACUGCUGAAUUAAAGGCUGUUCACACCAAACAUGAUGAUAACUGUUACUAUUAGCACACCAACAUACUUUAACUAACUGCAGUUGGAGGAUUCUGAUUGGCUGAUGGAUUGAAAGUUCAUUCCUCAGAUCUUUAUCAUUAUAAUUAUUAUUUCACUAUUUUAUUUAAUUUUUAAAAUUGAUCCGGUUUACAAUAACAAUAAUGAUAGUUUCAGUAACUUUGUAAUCCAUUUUAUGUAAAUAGUCUACUGUGAAAAAGUAGUUAGCGUCGCCUGUCUCUUUAAAUGCUCGCGGUCUUUCAAGCAGGAUGGAUUCUGAUUGGCUGUCAGUGUUUUUAACGUACAUCAGCUGGGGAAAUGGUUCUGAGGUGAUUCCAACGUUAUCGUUCCUCUGUGUCGUUAUAGUUAUAGUUGUGGACUCUGAUAUUCUUUAACAAUGAGAGUGAUUUUAAAUUAUAUUGUUAGUUAUCGACCUAUUUUAAGAAUGGCAUUUAGAGCGAUUACUAUUUUUUUUAUAUCAAUCGUUGUUUAUGUGAAUGGGCCCAUUUAGUAUUCAACAUUUAGAUUUUAAAGUCAAACGCAACUCUUUUAAAACAUGGAUCUAUCAUGAUGUGUUUGGUACUUCUGUGAGUGUGUACAGACAUCGGAUCAGAAUUACGGUAAGUCGUUGAGUAGAGUUCUGUUUUGGUACAAAUACAGGUGUGUGUGUCUUGUGUGUCUCCCCCUGCUGGCGACACAUAACAUCAAUAAUUAUCAUUUUGUCGACCCUUGGGUGUAGUAUGAAUUCAUGAAGAACAUGUGAAUACAUCAAAAUGUUAACUUUUAUUCUGUAACAUUUUUGAAUACUGUUCUUACCCCACUCGAUUUAAAGUAAAGGGUUGUGAAUCCUGUUUUAUGUUGAUCGGAAACUAAAGCAGACUUGGUUCGAUGUAUACAUUUCCAUUUUAAUUCAUUAAGAAACUAAAAUAUAUUCUUUCAAAAAUAAACUGCCUCUGAAAUUGGGCAUAUUUGGCAUAUUUCACUCAAGCGUGAACAAAAUCACAGUUUUGAAACAUCAUCAUCAUCAAGAUCUCAAAUGCAUCACAAUAUAAUGUGUAAACAAAGCUGAAAUCUGCAAUAUUUUCAAUGUAAAAAAAAA